AUGGCGAGCGUGGUGGUGAAGACGAUCUGGCAGUCCAAAGAGAUCCAUGAGGCCGGGGACACCCCCACGGGGGUCGAGAGCUGCUCCCAGCUAGUCCUAGAGGCUCCCCAGGGGGUGAGCAGCCGGGCCAAGGGGAUCCCGAAGAAAAAGAAAGCCGUGUCGUUCCACGGGGUGGAGCCCCAGAUGUCCCACCAGCCCAUGCACUGGUGCCUGAACCUCAAGCGGUCCUCGGCCUGCACCAAUGUGUCACUGCUCAACCUGGCUGCCAUGGAGCCCACCGACUCCACGGGGACAGACUCCACAGUGGAAGACCUCAGCGGCCAACUCACACUGGCCGGGCCCCCUGCCUCCCCCACCCUACCCUGGGAUCUGGAUGACGCAGACAUCACGGAAAUCCUGGUGAGGGCCCCCCCACACCACCUGCUGGGGAAGACCGAGGCCCUCCACUCGGUGGUAGCAAAUACUUAA